AUAAAGAGUUAAACCAUGAAUCUGCCAGAUGUUGAAGUUAAAUACACCUCGUGGUGAAUAAGGUAUGUAUAAGAAGUGACACUAUGCUAUUGGGUCUCGAAUUCUCAAAUUAUCCUUCAAUGUUCAAUGUACAAAUAGAGACCAGAAAAUCAUAACGAGGAAGGGGGAACUUGGGUAUUACCAAGAACACCUUUCAUAUCCUACUUGAGGAAAUGUCAAAAGUUGGGGAGACUAUUUCUGUAAGUAGACUUACAUUACCUCUUUGAAGCUCCCUUGAUAUUCUGCACCCUCGUCUUACUGCAAGGCUAAUACGGAACUCACCAGGUCUACGCUUCUCGACUUACAUCCUCCACCCUUUUAGAAGAUCGGCGGGCAGCAUGUUUAGGCCUUCGCAGUUUUGCAAAAGACUAUCCUGCAUCUGUGGCAUCUGAAGCUCUACGAGGACUAAUUGCAAGCCUACGCAAAGAUGGAGAGGACGUCGACUCCAUCAAAGUCGUCCUCGAGACUCUUCUAUUCCUUUUCAAUCCGAACCAAAACAGUGCUGAAGCAUCAGAGGAGCUUGCAUAUUUUAUAGCCGACGAAUUCACCACACGGCAAGAUAAUAUAACAUUACUUUUGGAUUUUCUGGGUACCAAUGAUUUCUAUUCCCGUCUAUAUUCGUUGCAACUCCUAUCGGUAAUUCUGUCGUCUCGGACGGAAAGAACUGAAGAAUGUAUAUUCACGGCACCUUUGGGUAUAUCAAGACUAGUGGCUGUAUUAGAUGAUCGGAGGGAGGCAAUAAGAAAUGAAGGGCUCUCCUUGUUGACCUACUUGACGCCAAGCUCCUCGGAAUUGCAAAAACUGGUCGCCUUCGAAAACGCUUUUGAUCGCAUUUUCAAUAUAAUAAAGCUCGAAGGCUCUCUUGUGGACGGCGAUAGAAUAGUGGAAGAUUGCUUGAUCCUUCUCGCGAACCUUUUACGACUCAACGUUUCGAAUCAAUCUUUCUUCCGCGAGACAGGCUGUGUUCCUAAACUAUCAAAGCUAUUGAGUGGUGCAUUAGGUGCUGGGAGUGAAGUUGGGGAGGUUGCCGAAUGGGCUAAAGCUCAGCGAAAUAGAAACAUAUACGCUCUACUUGCGGUACUACGGCUAUUUCUAAUAACAGGAGGGGCAGGAACCCAAGCAAACCAGGCUUCUUUUGCGCAGCAUGGUAUUCUUAGUCAAGUAUUGCAGUUAGCAUUCAGUCGAUAUACGGAAGUUCAGAUAAAAGCUGAGGUAUGCAACCAUUGCCCAUAUAUCGGUUUGUGUAUUGAUUGCCAGGUAUAGGCUCUCUCAACGUGCGCGGAUAUGAUCCGAGGGAAUCCAACCCUCCAAGAGAAUUUCGCUCAACAACAAGUAACCUCGGUGCUUGAUGAACCCUUAGCCGAUAGUAAUGGUCAACCUGAGCGCCAUGUUAUCCCAAAGGUCUACGUAAUUGAUGGCUUGCUUGAUUUGACACUGAGUAUACCUACGUUGUCAGCUUUCGAUUCCCGCGCUGCUGCUUGUGAAUGUAUAAAAGCUUAUUUUUACAACCACCCAGCCAUCCGCAAACAUUUUCUUCGCCGAGCCAUAGAUGGUCAUGUUUCUGGGGCCGAUGAGACAGCGAACGUGUUGACGACACUUCUUCAGCCUCUGGACAGUCAUAUAUCAAGCGAUCCGUACCGUUAUUGGUUUGCCUCUGUUCUUCUGUUCCAUUUAAUAUUCGAAGAUGCUGAGGCGAAAAGUAUGGCGAUGGGCGUCGCCGAGGGUGAUGCUGAAAAUGGGGAGGAGGUGAUAACUUGUAUUCAAUCUAUCACUGCCAAUUUAGUACUUGGUGUUCACAAGGCUGUGGACGAACGCGUCUUGGUCGCUUAUCUCAUGCUUCUUUGUGGGUGGCUAUUUGAGGACCCAGAUGCUGUAAAUGACUUCCUGGGCGAGGGUAGCAAUAUCCAAAGCCUGAUCCAAGCCACGCUACAUACGGGCGGUGAUGGUGUAAUGGUACAAGGCCUCUGUGCUGUCUUACUUGGAAUUGUAUAUGAGUUCUCCACCAGAGAUUCUCCAGUUCCCCGAGCAACCAUCCAUCCAAUCCUUAACUCGAAGCUAGGCAGAGAUCAAUAUAUAGAUCGACUUACCAAGCUAAGAGCCCACCCACUGCUGCGAGAUUUCGAAGUUCUUCCCCAGAAGCUCAGCUCUGCUCCGCCUGGUGGCCUACCUGAUGUGUUUUUCGACAAAUCAUUUGUGGACUUCAUGAAAGACAAUUUUAGUCGCUUAUUACGUGCCAUCGACCGAGAUCCUGGGUUCGAGGUUGCAGUUGUCGCCAAUGGCGUCCAAAAGGGAAUUUCCAGAGAGAUGGUAGACACUUUGAGAUCUGAGCUUGAUGAGAAGAGCAAAGCUCUGCUGAAGGCGGAAGAAGAGUUGGUAAUUCUUGGGGGGCAGCUAGGACAGGAACAAGCCGAUCAUCGUAGAGCCAAAGAGACCGCGCUAGUAGAGGUUUCAAGGAUUAAAAACGUCAAUGAGGCCCUUCAGCAGCACCAUGAAGAAGAUAUGAGGUACGUGUAACUCUGUCUAGUUGUAUUUCUAGGGCUAACGGUCAGAAGAAAGUUACGUACAGAGCAUGAUCGGGCAAAUCAAGAUUAUCAGCGACAGUUAAAAGAAGUCCAAAAAGCAGCCGAAACUAAUAUUGAACUUGUUCGAGCGGAAAAUGAUCGUACAAGACAAGAUCUUCAACGGCGACUAGAACAAGCUCAGAAGACAGCGGAAGCUAAUGCUGAACGUGUACGGACUGAACAUGAUCGGGCAGUUCAAGAUUAUCAAAGACAACUUGAACAUGUUCAAAAGACGGCGGAGGCUAAUGCUGAACGUGUGCAGCGACGAACAGAUGCAGAAAUCACUGAUCUUCAGAGUAAAAUUGAGCGAUUAGAAGCAGAUCUUGCCAUGGUAUGUUAUCACAUAUGUUAUCAUUAUUUCUCACUGACAUUGUAUAGUCAAACAAGAACCAUGUCCAGGAUCUGCAAAUUGCGCACGAUGAAUACAUGGCAAAUAAGGCUGACCAAGAUACACGCUUCAAACGUGCGGAAGAGAAAGCUAAAGAAUUGGAGCAGAAAGCCAGCACCGCGCACGACGAAGUCGCUAAGCUGGAAGCGGAUUUGGUGAACAAGGAGACUGCAAGACAGGCUGCUCAAAGUGAACUUGAUGACCUACUCAUGGUUUUUGGCGACCUAGAGGAGAAAGUGACAAAGUAUAAAGAACGUUUAAAGGCCCUCGGGGAGAACGUCUCGGAUGAUGAGGAUGAUGGUGACGACGACGGGGACGGCGACGAAGCAGAAGAUGAGUCUGGUGUGGAUUGAAUAAAGAAUAUACUUUUCCACCUUCAAGGGACAGCAUGCAUUGCAAAAGCGUAAAUAUACCAAUCUCACAUCAAAUUCGGCCGACCUUUUGGUAUUUGGGGGCUUGAAAGACUAGAAAUAUAAUGAUCUUUUGUAGGAUAGGAGAAAUAACCUUAAACCAUCGGCCAUUUCUUGAAACAAUUCCACGAACAACUUUGAUUUCUUGUUGUAGCAGAAUUUCUGAGUAUCUGUCAUCCGUUGAAU